AUGAAGCCGCAAAACAUCUUUCUCAGCCCUCUCCUUCUUACUUCAGCCAACGCCCUAACCUUACCUGAUGACGCACACCUCGCCUUACGCAGUGACGGUCAGAAUUCUUCUGCGCCAUCAAACAAGUCAUCCAUCCAAUGGACAGAGUGCGACUUGGAUUUUGGGGAGGCAGGCAACGCUCUGGUAGAUGCAUUGCCCGAGAAGCUCCAGUGCGCCAGACUCGAGGUUCCCUUAGAUUACACCAGUCUAAGCUCUGGCGAAACUAUUCAGCUCCAAUUGAUCAAGGCCAGUGCAAACAAAGAACCUUACUUGGGGAGCAUGAUGUGGAAUCCAGGUGGACCUGGAGGUUCUGGCGUCGAGUCGGUAGCCAGGCUGGGUCUCAAGUUGCGCGACAUCGUUGGAGGCAACUACGAUAUUAUUGGAUUCGAUCCUCGAGGCACUGGUAAAACUAUACCAUACAUCUGCAACGUAACAUCGGCUGGACAGACUUCCGUCACCCGACGUGACUUCGAAACGCUACCAAAGGGCGAUAUCUGGAACAGCAUCAAGACGAUAGAUUGGGAAGGCUGGGCGGUAACAGCGGACGCUUGCUUCAGGGAUCAAGCCAAGUACGGCCGCUUCGUCGGCACACCUUUCGUGGCCAGAGACAUGAUUUCGAUCGCCGACGCUCUCGACCAAGGCCCUAAGGUGAAUUACUGGGGAGUCUCCUACGGCACCGUCCUCGGACAAGUCUUCGCCUCCAUGUUCCCCGACCGCGUGGGACGUCUCGUCUUGGAUAGCAAUCUCAUCGCGGACGACUAUGCCGACACCACCUGGAAAACCGGACAAAGAGACACGGAGCGCGCGUUACACCACCUCUUUGACGAGUGUGUCAAGGCCGGUCCCGAAGCCUGCGUACUGGCCAACUUUACCGGCAGCGACACAACGGGGGACAGUCUGAUGGCGGCACUUGAAACCCUGCUCGAGGAGCAGAUCAACGACAAAAACGACACCACAAACGAGAAAGAUGACAUUGUGUCUCUCUUCAAGAUGUCCCUGCUGGCAGAACUCUACAAGCCCCUGCAAUACCCACUGGCCGUCUCGAGAGUCCACGCCGCUUUGACAGGGAAUUGGACUGGCGCCAUUACCCCAGCGCCUCCUCAACUGCCGUCAGAAUGGAACGAGGGUGGUACGUUUAGCGUUUGGGGCAUUGCCUGCGCAGACUCGUCCUUCCGCGUCGAAAAUGUAGACGAUUUAUACUCCAUCUACCGAACUCACUGGGAGGGGAGCUCUUUCGGUGAUGCCAGUGCCAGGCUGCGCCUACAAUGCUCUCGCUGGCGUUUUGAUGCCGCAGAGAAGAUCGACCUCAAUGCCCUGAGGAACGUCAGGACCAGCUUCCCGGUCCUCAUAAUCAACGGUCACUGGGACCCGGCCACCCCGGAGAACACGGCAUGGGAGAUUUCUGCGCGGUUCCGAAACAGUCGAGCUGUCAUUCACUACGGCGUUGGUCAUGGAUACACCAACCAUCCCUCGAAGUGCGUAGAUAACAUUGUCCGCGAGUAUUUCCAGGAUGGUAAGAUGCCUGAGAUUGGAACCACGUGUGAGCCCGACAUGACGGCCUUCGAAUAUGUCGCUGCGGAAGCGAAGAAGGCGGAGGAGAGUGAGUAG